AUGGCAACUCCCGACUUGGAUUCAAACAGCAUUACCGGGGAUGUAGAAAAGAAUAACGGCUUCGGGGCCUCUGUCGGGCCCCAGGGCCAGCCCGUCAUUGUCGCGGAUAAGCUGUCGCGCAAGCUAUCGGCCCGCCAGGUGCAAAUGAUUGCGAUCGGAGGUACCAUUGGCACAGGGUUGUUUCUGGGAACGGGGAAGUCGCUGGCUACCGCUGGGCCAGCGUCUAUGCUCAUUGCAUAUGCGCUUGUGGGUGCCAUCGUAUUCGUCACGAUGUUGUCGCUGGGCGAAAUGGCGGCUUUUGUGCCUAUUGCUGGAUCGUUUUGCACUUAUGCUGGGCGGUUCGUUGAUGACGCUUUCGGUUUCGCCCUUACGUGGAACUACUGGUUUAAUGAUGCUGUGGCCACGGCGGCGGAUCUUGUUGCGCUUCAGAUUCUGUUGAAGUACUGGUCGGAUAACUUUCCUGGCUGGGCGUUCAGCUUGAUUUUCCUGUUCGUGCUUCUCGCGCUCAAUAUCGUCACUGUUCGAGCGUACGGAGAGAUCGAAUACUGGCUCAGCCUCCUGAAAGUUAUCACCAUUAUCAUAUUCAUUAUACUUGGAGUCGUAGUUAACUGCGGCGGUAAUGUCGAUAGACAGUACAUCGGGGGAAGGAAUUGGCAUAUUGGCGACGCCCCUUUUGUUGGUGGAAUAGGUGGAUUUGCCUCCGUUUUCGUCACGGCUGCAUUUGCUUAUGGUGGGACCGAAUCUAUUGCGGUAACUGCAGGCGAAACGAAAGAUCCCUCCGUGACUCUCCCGAAGGUGGUGCGCAACGUCUUCUGGAGAAUAUUAAUCUUCUAUAUACUGGGGGUGCUGAUUAUCGGCCUCAACGUCCCAUACACAUAUCCCAACCUCUCCAACAGGGAUACUCAUACGAGCCCGUUUACUAUCGUUUUCCAGCAGGCUGGCAGUAGAAUAGCGGGUAGCUUCAUCAACGCAGUGAUCAUGACGUCCGUUAUCUCCGCUGGCAAUCAUGCUUUGUUUGCAGGAUCUCGGAUUAUGUAUGCACUGGCUGUGGAUGGCCAUGCUCCGGCCUUUUUGGGCAAAUUGAAUCGACAUCGCGUCCCCUGGGUUGCAGUGCUUGCCACCUCUGUUAUCAGCGGGCUCUGCUUUGGAGCUAGUUAUAUCGGGGCUGGACAGCUAUGGUCCUGGCUGCAAAACAUCGUUGGUGUUUCCAACCAACUGUCUUGGAUAUCUAUUGGCGUCGCUUCGAUCCGCUUCCGUUCCGCAAUCCAGCGGCAGAACCUGGAGCAUCUUCUCCCCUUUAAAAACUGGACUUACCCGUAUGGCCCGUACGCCUCUGUGAUUCUCAACGGCUUCAUCAUCCUGGUGCAGGGCUGGUCUUCUUUCAGCCCCAAAUUCAACGCCGUUAGUUUCGCCAGCUUAUAUAUCCAGCUACCAGUCAUGUUGAUAGUUUUUAUAAUAUGGAAGCUGGUUAAGAGGACGAAGUUGUUUCCCUGGAGGACAUGGACCUGCUCACUGACCGGUACGACAAUGGCGUCGAAGGAACUGGUGCCGGAGAGCUACAGAAGAGGAAGCGAUUUAGAGACCAGUCCUUCCAAGAGAAAGCCAAGACGAUUGGAACGUGGUUUAUAUGAAAUAUUACCCCCAUGUUUUUAAAACCUUUAAUGGAUAAUUUUGAAUUUACUCUCCAAUGUUUACUGAACCAUUUUUGUUCUAUAUAUUUCCCCUUUGCAUGCUCAUUCUGCACCGUCUACAAUUUUUAUUUUCGCAUUUGGCAAUGUUGCUUAUAUUUCAGGAGGAGGGCUAGCUUAGGCCCAUUGCUGUUCGUUUAUUUGUGUUUACAAUUGAAACUCUUUUGUUGCCAGUCGUUGCGCUGUUGAAUCCUUGAAUGCUUCCACGUUCAAGUUUCCCAUUUUUCGAAUUCUUUUCGUAUGAUUUUAAUCUUUUAAGGCGGUGUGAUGUUUUCCCUAUCUCUAUCUUGAUCUCGUCCUCGGAUUCGGGACUUGAAACUUGAUUACAUUACUCUGCAAUACUUCAGACUGCACGAUUGAGAUUCGCAUGCUGUUUGUGGCAAUUGCACUCACUAGAAACUACGAUUGCCACAUGUAUAUACUUAUAUUACCUCUCUCUCGCCCUCUCAGAGUCUGAAGAAAAGGAGAGGCUGUUAAUUAACC